AUGAGCAAGAAAACAACAAAAAACACAAAGGAGGUCAGGGAAUACGCGAUUGGCGACUCCGUCUUGGGGAAAAUCCGCGGUUUUCCUCCCUGGCCAGCAAUUGUUGUAGACCCCAAUGAGGCUCCACCCGCCGUUCGCAGCGAGCAGCCUCCCGGGAAGAAAUCUGCAUUUCAGUGCGUUCUGUUCUUCCCAAAGGGAGACUACGCGUGGCUAACACACAAAGACCUGUCUGCCCUACUUCCCCAUGAAAUUGAGGCCUUCCUCGCGGACGACUCAAAAAAACGCAAUGGCGAGCUGCGAGAGGGCUACCAGAUCGCUAGAGACCCGUCGAACUGGAUCCAAGAGCUGCACGAACGGCGUGCGCGGAUGCUCCGUGAGGAGGCCGAGCUCGAGGAGAACGCCCAGGUCGACCAGCUCGAGUCUGAGGGUGAUGGCGACGACGGCGAGGGCGACUCGACUACAGGGAAGAAGUCCAAAUCAGCAGUAACCAAGAAGCGCAAGCGCGAGUCAGAUGCAGAGGCGCCAGCGAAGGCGAAGAAAGGUCCGAGAGCGAAGAAGGAGGCGGGUGAGCCGAAGAAGCGGGGCGGGGGCAGGAAGAACGGGGCUAAGAGCAAGGCGACGGUCGAGUCGGAGGAUGAAGGCGAGGCGGGCGAGGUGGAGGAUGAAGAGGAUGCUGGUCCGAGCAAGAAGGCUACCCCACCGCCAGCGAAGAGGGCGAAACGCGAGAAAGACGACGAUGGCGACGAUUCAAAAAAUCCCGGCGAUCCUCAAUCCGUGAAAGUUCGAGACUGGCGGCAUAGGCUCCAGAAGACAUUCCUCAGCAACAAGACGGUGCCGAGAGCAGACUCUAUGUCCGAAAUCGAUGAGCUAUUCACGACGGUAGAGAAGUACGAGGAGAUGACGAUUGAACAACUUCAGUUCUCUAAGAUCGGCAAGGUCAUGCGGCACAUAGCAGCUCAGCCAGAAGAGAAAGUACCUCGAGACGGCGAUUUCAAGUUCCGUGCGCGGGCCAAGGCGCUCGUCGACAAAUGGCACCAGAUCCUGAAUGCGAACAAGCCUGCGAAUGGAUCGCCGACCUCGGGGCAAGGGCAGGCGAAUGGGAAGACAUCGGAGAAGGGUAGUAAGGGGGUCAGAGGAGACGGUGUGGAGGAGGAGGUUACGCAGGGGACGAGGAACCUGGAUUUGAAUGGGAAUGACGCUAUCGGCUCGCCUGUGGGCGCUGCAGACACGACGCUGGGCGAUUUGUCGUUGCUGGAUGUUACCAUGUCGGAGGCGGCAUAA